AAAGCACUUCCUGUUUUUAGCCCUCAUUAGACUCGUGGUUAGCGCUAGCUGCUGUUAAUGCGAGUUAAAAUAAUGAAUGUUCUCUGUCGUUCAAGGAAACUGUUGUCGUCGGUGGUUAGAAGUAACGUUUUAGUAGAACAAACACAAGUUUUGGGGAGUUGGCUCUCUAAAGCUCGGUGCUACAGACUGUGUCAAAAUCUGCCUCAACAUUUUGCAGCUAGUUUAGCUUCAUGUCAGCACAGGCAUCACGGAGCGUCCUUCAGUUGUCAUUUUCACACAAAAAGAUGUUAUUCAGAGAGAAAUGAAGACAGAAAUUCAGCGAGCACUGGCGUGUUUGAAGAGGAAUCACACGAAAUUAAUGAUACCAGUUUCCUCAGUCAGAGUCCCUUAGAGACUUUCAGUCUCGAUGUGUUGGUGUCUCUGCUGCGUCAGGAAAAUGCUGUGGACCUCUGUGUCAUUAAAAUACCAGAACAUAUCAAAUACGCCGAAUACUUUAUUGUCGUCAGCGGUGUGUCACCAAGACACCUCCGCGCUAUGGCACUUUAUGCCAUCAAAGUGUACAAGUAUCUGAAGAAAGAUGGGGAUCCAAAUGUGAAGAUCGAAGGGAAAGAUGCAGAGGACUGGAUGUGUAUUGACUUUGGUAACAUGGUUGUUCACUUCAUGAUGCCGGAGACGAGAGAAGUGUACGAACUGGAGAAACUCUGGACUUUGCGCGGCUAUGACGAGCAGCUGAGGAGCAUGCCUGAUGAGACGCUACCGGAAGACUUCAUGUUUGAUGUUGAAACCACAAAGUAACAACACAAGACUGAUCAUCUAAGCUGCGCCCAAACUCAAAUGUCCCAUUUUAUACUCCUUCUUAACCACCUAAUGAAAGUCUCACAUGCCUCCAGCAUCCAGAUUUCAAGUUUCAGCGCACUCAAAAGUUGCUAAAAGUUUCAAAAUACUCCACAGAUUGUUAAUUUUACCAUGGCUAUUGUACACCUGGCUUAAACCCUGUUUCAGAGUCUGUAGCUUUAAGUCUGACCGAGCCACUGUUGCCCACAUCUCUUGUAGGGAAAAGGCUACAGACACAUUUCUUUCUGGUAUACGGAGUCUUCCCAGCAGACUCCCACAGACUAAAAACGUACUAUAAUAUAAACACACAGGAGUAUAAUCAAAGCUGAAGUGAAGAAGGAUUCCGGUGGAUCCCAUUGUCAAAUCGUGAAGUACAUAAGGGCUUUUCUGCUGACUUUUCCGCACUCUUACGCACCCUUUCUGUAAGUCAACAUAUGUGCAGACUUUCUUAAAAGACUUAUUCAUAGCAAAAGUGGUGACGUAUAAACAUGAUACUCCUUCCUUCCAUAAAAUGUACACAAAGCAAGCAUGGAUGGUGAUGGACAUUAUUUGUAAAAUAUCAGUGUCUUUGUUUAAAUGAGUGUGCUAAAGAAAAUGUAUCAUAUUUUGCUGGUUAAAAAUACAUUACUUUAUUAUCAUUUUAGAUAUCUGUAAUUAUUAUUAUUUAUGUUUAGUGACAAGGCUUCUAUUCAGCCACAUGUGUAGAAUAUGUAUUUGGCUUUUCCAGAUAAAUUUGUGGUGUGUUAUGUGAAUUAUCAAAAGUUUGGAUAACUUUUGACACAUUUCCUGUGUCUGUAUGCACUAGAAAUAUAAGUAUUUUGUACAAGUGCGUGUCAUUUUUAUUUGAAUAUCAACCCAUGAGUUGAACUUAGUGUUUGUAAUUACUCUUAACUUCUUCAGGUUGAUAUGACUCAGAUCAAAGGUGCUGAAUGGCCGAAAAGAAGUUCUGUGGAUUGUUUCAGUAACCUGAAUAUCAAUUUCAAGAACUGCAUUUGAAUCGUGGCACAUUGUUGUCAAGAGAUGAAUUUUCAAUGUGGCUCAAAUGCAGUUUCAGAGCUAUAUAAUUCAGUUUCAGAAUAUGUUCAGUUUCAAUCUAAUAAAUUCAAUUUCAUAUACAAUUCAAAA